AUGGAGGACUUAACAGAACAAUUUCAACAAUUUGGAUUUGAAGAUUCUAAGAUUAAAGAAAUUUUGAAGAAUAAAAAGGUGACCAGCUCGUUGUCUUUAUUAUUGAAUCAAUUAGAUUCUAAUUUAUCACCACUUAAUAAACAAUCACGUUCUUUGAUCCAUAAUUUAGCAUCUCUUUUAAAAGGUAACGAUUUACCAAAUUCUGAAUGGAUUGUUCAUGCUAUUCAAAAUGGUCAAUUAAAGACAAAUUUACAAGUUGAAUCUGCUUUUAAAUAUAUUUCUCAAUCAGUUUCAAAUAAUCAAACCCCGACUGUUGAAGAAAUGAAUAAAGAAUCUGGUGUUGGUGUUAUAGUUACUGAAAAGGAAAUAAACGAUCAAGUUGAGUUGUAUUUCAAUGAAAAUAAAGAUACCAUUCUAAAUGAAAGAUACAAGAUUGUACCAAAAUUAUUUGCAGCAAUCAAAAAUUUACCUGAAUUAAAAUGGGCAGACCCAAAAUUAUUUAAACCAAUUAUUGAUAAGCAAGUUUUACAAUUAUUAGGUCCAAAGGAUGAAAGAGACUUAGUUAAGAAGCCACAAAAGGGUUCUUCUAAGAACAAGAAUAACAAUAAUAAUAAAACAAAGCAAAAUAAGGAUACAGCAGGUGAUUCUGUUCCUAAGCGUACCAUGUUUAACGAGGGUUUUCUUGGUGAUUUACAUAAGGUUGGUGAAAAUCCUCAAGCUUACCCUGAAUUGAUGAAGGAGCAUCUACGUGUUACCGGUGGUAAAGUUAGAACUAGAUUCCCACCUGAACCAAAUGGUUAUUUGCACAUUGGUCAUUCCAAAGCUAUUAUGGUCAAUUUUGGUUAUGCUAAAUACCACGAUGGCCUUUGUUACCUAAGAUUUGAUGAUACAAAUCCUGAAGCAGAAGCUCCAGAAUAUUUCGAGUCAAUUAAAAGAAUGGUCUCUUGGUUAGGUUUCAAACCAUGGAAAAUCACUUAUUCAAGUGAUUACUUCGACAGAUUGUACGAUUUAGCAGAAGUAUUGAUUAAGAAUGGCUAUGGUUACGUGUGUCAUUGUACUGCUGAAGAAAUCAAACGUGGUCGUGGUAUUAAGGAAGACGGUACACCAGGUGGUGAAAGAUUUGGUUGUGUUCAUCGUGAUCAAUCUGUCGAACAUAACUUGGAACAAUUCAGAUUAAUGAAAGAGGGUCAUUAUAAACCUGGUGAGGCUAUUUUAAGAAUGAAACAAGAUUUCACUUCACCAAAUCCACAAAUGUGGGAUUUGAUUGCUUAUCGUGUUUUAAAUGCUCCACAUCCAAGAACUGGUGAUAAAUGGAAGAUUUAUCCAACAUAUGAUUUCACUCACUGUUUGGUUGAUUCUUUUGAAAAUAUCACACAUUCCUUAUGUACUACAGAAUUCUAUUUGUCUCGUGAAUCCUAUGAAUGGUUAUGUGAUAGAGUUCAUGUCUUUAGACCUGCUCAAAGAGAAUAUGGUCGUUUAAACAUUACUGGUACUGUUUUAUCAAAGAGAAAAAUUGCUAAACUUGUUGAUCAAAAGUAUGUUCGUGGUUGGAAUGAUCCAAGAUUAUUCACUCUAGAAGCUAUUCGUAGACGCGGUGUUCCACCAGGUGCAAUUCUUUCAUUUAUUAACACCUUAGGUGUCACCACAAGUACUACAAAUAUUCAAGUUAUCAGAUUUGAAAGUGCUGUUAGAAAAUAUUUAGAAGACAUGACACCAAGACUAAUGUUCGUCUUAGAUCCUAUUGAGGUUGUUGUUGAUAACUUGGAUGAUGAUUACUUGGAAGAAGUUAAGAUUCCAUAUAAGGCUGGUGCUCCUGAAUUUGGUGAUAGAGUUGUUCCAUUCACUAAUAGAUUCUAUAUUGAAGGAGCGGACUUCAGUGAAAAUGUAGAUGAUAAAGAAUUCUUUAGAUUAACACCAGAACAGGCUGUUGGUUUAAUUAAAGUUCCAUUUACAGUAUCUUAUGUUAGUAUGGAAAAGGACACUAAUGGAAAGAUUACAAGAUUGCAUGUUAAAUAUAAUAAAGAUGUGAAGAUUAAACCAAAGACUUUCAUCCAAUGGGUUCCAGUGUCCAAGAAAUUCAACUCACCUGUGAACAUCUAUGAAACAAGAGUCUACAAUCAAUUAUUCAAAUCUGAGAACCCAUCAAGUGUCCCAGAAGGUUAUCUAUCUGAUAUUAAUCCAGACAGUGAAAUUGUUUACAAGAAUUCUGUCAUUGAACAUAAUUUCCACGAUGUCAUUGAAAACACUGAGAAAUGGGUGACUGAUACAGUUAAGAAUAGCGAAUUUUAUGUUAAAGAAGAUUUCAAGAGUAACGAAGUUUGUAGAUUCCAAGGUAUGAGAGUUGGUUAUUUUACUUUGGAUUCUGAAAGUAAUAAGACUGAUAAGAUUAUUUUAAACAGAAUUGUUAGUUUAAAAGAUAGUUUAUCCAAAUAG